AUGACGUCGAUAGGAACUGGCUACGAUCUUGCCAACUCCAUCUUCUCGCCCGACGGCCGCAACUUCCAGGUGGAAUAUGCCGUCAAGGCGGUCGAGAACGGCGGCACGUCAGUCGGCAUUCGCUGCCGUGACGGUGUCGUGCUGGCGGUCGAGAAGGUUGUGGCGUCCAAGCUGCUGAAGCCGGGUGCCAACAAGCGCAUCGCCACGAUCGACCGUCAUCUAGGCAUUGCCUACUCCGGCAUGACGCCCGAUGGCCGGCAAUUUGUGGGCCGGGCCCGCGACGAGGCGCGCAGCUGGCGCGAGACGUUCAAGACGCCCAUCGGCACGGCCGAGCUGGCGUCGCGUGUGGGCGGCUUUUUGCAGGCAUACACGCUCUACCAGUCGGUGCGGCCGUUUGGCAUCACGGCGAUCCUGGCCGGCGUCGACAGCGAUCGCGACAUGCCGGUGGAUGGCGAGGUCGGCCAGGGGCCACAAGUGGGUGCCGGCGGGCGCCUUGCCGGCAAGAAGCACGGCGGACCGGCGCUGUACAUGCUGGAGCCGUCCGGGCUGUACUGGGGCUACUACGGAGCCGCGACCGGCAAGGGCCGACAGGCAGCCAAGGCCGAGCUGGAGAAGCUCGACCUGGCCGGCGAGGGCAUCUCGCUCGAGCAGGGCGUGCGUGAGGCUGCCCGCAUCAUCUACGUGGCACACGACGACAACAAGGACAAGGACUUUGAGCUGGAGAUGACGUGGAUCAGCACGGCCGACGGCCCGACGGCCGGCCGCCACGAGGAGGUGCCGCGGGCGCUGCUGCAGGAGGCCGAGCGCCUGGCCAAGAAGAGCCUCGAGAGCGACGACGACGAUGACGACGACAAGAAGGACGACGACAAGAUGGAGGACUAG